AUGAUCGUGUUUGUGGCCGUUACUUUUUCUUUGUACAAUACAAAACUGCGUUUGCUUAUGCAUAUGCAGUGGGUCUAUGCAACUUUUGACAAGGCCGAUGAUGACAGGCUGCGGUGGGAUAUCAAACGUGCCGUCUGUUUCGACAGAACUUCGGACAUUGCUAGAACGAUGCGACUCCGAAUGGCAAAACGAUGCGUCUCGGUUGCGAGAGGAACUCAACGGCAUAAGCUGAAUUUGUUAACCUACGAAAAAGACAAACUGCGUGAUUUGAUGCGCAUCCGGCUGGAAUAUCUGGAUGCAGUGCGUGAUUUUAUCGCAUCUGCCGACUCCUCAAUUGAUAUCAAUCAGAUGGCCACUCCUAGCGAUUCCCCGCAUCUUCUACGAGACCGGACGAAGCAACUAUGCAACAGUGUUGAAGAAAAAGCCAAACGUCUAAAACGAUUGCAAGAUCCUGCAGAAAUGAUCAUAUCAGACCUGUCGAUAUCCCAGCUCGUCAGAGAAUUCCGAUGUCACUUAAUGGGACCGGAGAAUGAAAACACCUUUGGCGAAGCUGCUCGUCGGUUCGAAACGCUAAUCAGCAAAAGUAUGCCUACAACCGACAACCCUAGAAGCUUCCUCACCGUGACUUUGGAGUUGAUGCGCUUAGAGGAAGAGGAGAGCAAAUUAUUCGAUGAAUUAAACGAAGUUGCAGCCUCAGAAAAUGACAAACACGAGCGGGAUCGUCUGGCGUCCCUAUACAAAACUCGUCAGGAAGAAAGAAGUCGUUCUAUUUUGAAUUACAUGUACGCCUACCAUGACUACCUAAAUUCUCUUUUCCGAAUUUAUGAGGAUAACGUCGUACAGCUCAUCCAUAAUCGAGCAUACAAUGAGCUGCAUAAGUUUAAUGAUGGUGAGUGGAAACAAUGGAAGGAAUCCGUUGGAGAGUUGGAAAACGCUCUUGAUGCUUCAAUGCGCCUACGGCUGCGGCCUGAAUUUGCUGACUUGCAGAGGAAGGCAUUCUCUUUGGAUAGCAAGAUAUCCAGGUCAAUCGCAAGUUCGGCUAAACAAAAACGUCAUGAAGAAAAACUCGCGGCGAAGCUAGCGCAGUUUGAGAUGUGGCUGAAUGCAAUGGAGGCGGAUGUGGACUCCGUGGAGGGUAUGCCAAUGGGCGAUGAGCAGAUAUCUCGCUUGUCUCAACUGUUGCAUGCUUGUCUCAGUCAACAAAGGCUCGUUGGUAAACUGGAAAGGCUUAACAUACAAAAUCGGGAUCAUGUGCUUCAACUUUGUCAAAAGUAUUACAAAGUGCUGAACAGAUUGAGAAGUUAUAACCUCGAUGAGGGUUCACUCCCCAUUCAUGUUAGCACCCUGGUUCAUGGUGCCCAAACCGAGUCACAGCUAUCAAUCAGCUCUUUGGCUUCAUCCGAUUUUGCGGAUCGCCCAGAAUCGGUGCAGUCGGUGAGCUCAAGCGUGGAUAUCAGUUCAGCAUACGCUGAGAGUGAACCUCCGUUGGAAAAAGCAAUUAGAGAUCUCAGAAGGAAGCUUCAUAAUGUCAUUCAGUCGUACAAUGAUGGUCCAAAAUCUCUUGCAACAGCUAUUGCCGAUUACAAUCUCCUAUUGACAUAUCGUGGAGAGCUGAACAAGCUGUUUGAUGAUAUUCCGUCUGGAAGUGAUGCGAAAAAUGUGGCGCUAGAAAACUCGCUCCAUCAUUUAUUGGAACAUCUCAAUGAGACGGCAAGUAACCUACAGUCUGAGAUCGACGAAGAAGUGUCAAUAUCAGCGAAGGAAAAAGAAGUAGUCAAAGAGUUGAGUAGCCUUGAAGAACGCGUAAAAAGUCGUGACGUCAGCGAUCUGAACCUUGUCUAUGAUUUGGAUCAGCUGCAAACACAGAUGGAUCUGUUGCGGAUGAUCAGUAGCAGGCCUCGACAGUUCGUUGAAAGUGAUUUGAUGGAUCGUGGUGGACCAACUUCAAACCGAACACGCCAAAAACGCAAAGUGCUGAUGAUGGUCACUAACACCGUGACCACAAUUAUACAAGUCGUUGAAGAGCGCCUCCUUACAAUAGAAGCUCGUUCUCGGGAUCCUAUUGUUCAACAGAAGCUCGACCUUGUGAAGACGAAUCUCAAGAAGUUGGAGGAAGAAGUUAUUGGUUCACCUCCCGAGGAAGCAAUCGACAUUCCCACAGCAGGAAAGUCUCAGCAACUUGAUUUGGAGACGGAUAUACCUGCAGAACUAUCAGACAAAAGUGUUCCGAGUAGCGAUACCUUUGCGGCAGCAGUGCUCGGGGUUGAGCAAGCUUUGAACAUAGCUGAGGAUAUAGAUCUGAAAAGCUGGGACGAUCCCAGCGUUCUUUCGGAGUCGUUAAGCAUUCUAAACAGACAAAGUGCUGCUAUGGAUGCUCUUUGCAAUACCGCAUCCGAAUUAGCGAAGUCUGGUGAUGUACAGUACUUGGACACAAUCUCCACAUUACAAGAGCGCCUUCUGUCUGUGAAGUACUCUCUUGCUGAUCGCCUAGAAAAACUACGGUCCGAGGCUUCAUAUGGCUCUGUGCCACCGUCUCGCGUUGGUGAAACUGAAAAACUGCGCGACGGUGCUGUGGACGACUUUGACAAGCUUGUUGGAAAAGUCCGUUCGGUGAUGGCCUCUGCUGAUGCAGUUCUCAAUGACGAUUCUAAUGGCCCACAAGCACUGCUGAAAGCCAGGGAAGAGAUGAAGAAUGAAGAGCCGGCUUUGUCGUCGUUGAGAGAUAUUGCAUCUUCCAAGGCUCAAUUAGGCGAAUGUGACGGCAUAGAUAUUGUGAGCGCGCUGUCCGAGGAAUUCGACAGUGUGCGGCUCGCAAUUGAGGAUCGCAUCGAUGAACUCACUCUCCAGUUCCCAGUACAUGUUUAA